AUGGAGGUUGCAAUGGUGAGUGCCGAGAGCUCAGGGUGCAAUAGUCAUAUGCCUUACGGUUAUGCAGCCCAGGCCCGGGCCCGGGAGCGGGAGAGGCUUGCUCACUCAAGGGCAGCUGCAGCAGCUGCUGUCGCUGCGGCCACAGCUGCUGUUGAAGGCAGUGGGGGCUCUGGAGGGGGCUCCCACCACCACCACCAGUCACGUGGGGCCUGUAUCUCUCAAGACCCUCAGAGUGGCCGGGGCAGUCGGAGGAGGAGGCGACAACGGCUUGAGAAGAAGAAAGUCCAUCACCGUCAAAGCAGCUUUCCUCAUUGCACUGACCUGAUGCCCAGUGGCUCUGAGGAGAAGAUCCUGAGGGAGCUGAGUGAAGAAGAGGAAGAUGAAGAGGAGGAGGAGGAGGAGGAAGAGGAGGGAAGGUUUUAUUAUAGUGAAGAUGACCAUGGUGAUGAAUGUUCCUACACAGACCUGCUGCCUCAGGAUGAUGGGGGAGGCGGUGGCUAUAGUUCAGUUCGCUACAGUGACUGUUGUGAACGUGUGGUGAUAAAUGUGUCAGGCUUACGCUUUGAGACCCAGAUGAAAACUCUGGCCCAGUUUCCAGAGACUUUGUUGGGAGACCCUGAGAAGAGGACUCAAUACUUUGACCCUUUGCGCAACGAGUAUUUUUUUGACAGAAACCGGCCCAGCUUUGAUGCUAUCUUGUAUUAUUACCAAUCAGGAGGCCGCCUGAAGAGACCAGUCAACGUCCCUUUUGAUAUAUUCACUGAGGAGGUGAAGUUCUACCAAUUGGGAGAGGAGGCCCUGCUCAAAUUUCGGGAGGAUGAGGGUUUCGUGAGAGAAGAGGAGGACAGGGCGCUGCCAGAGAAUGAAUUUAAAAAGCAGAUUUGGCUUCUCUUUGAAUAUCCAGAGAGCUCCAGUCCAGCAAGGGGCAUAGCCAUCGUGUCUGUCCUGGUCAUCUUAAUCUCCAUUGUUAUCUUUUGCCUGGAAACCUUGCCUGAGUUUAGGGACGACAGGGAUCUCAUCAUGGCACUGAGCUCUGGUGGGCAUAGUGGGUUGUUGAACGACACCUCGACACCGCAUCCGGAGAACGCAGGGCACACGAUAUUCAAUGACCCCUUCUUCAUUGUGGAGACAGUCUGUAUUGUUUGGUUUUCCUUUGAGUUUGUGGUCCGCUGCUUUGCUUGUCCCAGCCAAGCACUUUUCUUCAAAAACAUCAUGAACAUCAUUGACAUCGUCUCCAUUUUGCCUUACUUUAUCACGUUGGGCACUGAUUUGGCCCAGCAACAGGGGGGUGGCAAUGGGCAGCAGCAGCAGGCUAUGUCCUUUGCCAUUCUCAGGAUCAUCCGUCUGGUCCGAGUAUUCCGGAUCUUCAAACUCUCCAGGCACUCCAAAGGCCUGCAGAUCCUGGGCCACACCCUCAGAGCCAGCAUGCGGGAAUUGGGCCUUCUGAUCUUUUUCCUUUUCAUUGGGGUCAUCCUGUUUUCCAGUGCUGUAUAUUUUGCAGAAGCAGAUGAACCUACUACCAAUUUCCAAAGCAUCCCAGAUGCAUUUUGGUGGGCUGUGGUGACCAUGACGACUGUGGGCUAUGGGGACAUGAAGCCCAUCACUUUGGGGGGCAAGAUAGUGGGGUCCCUGUGUGCCAUUGCAGGUGUCUUAACCAUUGCUUUGCCAGUGCCAGUGAUUGUCUCUAACUUUAACUAUUUCUACCACAGAGAGACUGAAAACGAGGAACAGACACAGCUGACACAGAAUGCAGUCAGUUGCCCAUACCUCCCUUCCAAUUUGCUGAAGAAAUUUCGGAGCUCUACUUCUUCUUCCCUGGGGGACAAAUCAGAGUAUCUAGAGAUGGAAGAAGGAGUUAAGGAGUCUCUGUGUGCAAAGGAGGAGAAGUGUCAGGGAAAAGGGGAUGACAGUGAGACAGAUAAAAACAACUGUUCUAAUGUGAAGGCUGUGGAGACUGAUGUGUGAAUCUUUUUCUCCACUUGACACUCCCUUCCUCGCCCCAGCAUCUCCAAAUAUAUUUAUGCAUAGAGAGUGCAGUUAUGAAAAUGAAAUAUGCAAAUGAGUCCAAUGCAUACAGUAGUACACCAUUUAAUGGUUAUACAUGACAUAAUU